GAAUAGACCUGGCUAUAGCCUGUGCCAAGAGGAGCCGUCGAUUGAGAUGGCUGCCCAUCACUUCAACCGGUCCCUGACCUUAGACCCUGAAUAUUUGCCCGAUCGUUCUCCGCAGAUAUUCCGACCUACCCAAUUGGGGUCGGAGGAGGAUAUAAACCAAAAUCCCCUCCCAAGGUGAUGAUAAGUGAACCGUUUUCCAACACCGCAAACAUCAUGGCUUUCUCUACGGGAUCUUGGCUUGCCAUUGCAGCGACGUUAUCUCAAGUGGUGGUAUCGAAGCAGGCCGGAUACUUCGACUCAUCCAACUGCGUGGCCCCAUCGGCGCUCGAAUCGUGCUACGACGAUGCAUCCGAAUAUUACGCUCAGUGCAUAACGAAGAACUGUGCCGGUGGCUCAGAUGAGUGCUAUAAUUCCUGCGGAGGUGAUACGGCCUGCAUGCAGAGUCAAUGUCCAAAUUUGGGCAUUGAUUGUAUCAAUGUGUGUGGGUGUGUGAAAACAUCUCGCGAAAUUGACUGCGCGGCUUCUGCCUGUUGGAACCAGGUUUACUCAUGCGAGUACCAAAAAACAAUUGAAGACCUGAUCGACCUAUGCCCCUCCGUGAAUAUCACUCAGCUCCCUUUCUGGCCGCCUCCCGACGACGCCCCUGCCGGUUGUUCAUGCAACCUAGGCAAGGUCGAUCAGCGGGAGUUGUUUAUUGCGGAUCAGAUGACAACGUGUGCGAACAAUAUGACGAACCUCGAUCAGCUAACGAGCGCGGAGGACAUCUCCGACUACGGGCGAGCUUGUGUUUGCUGUGGGAAAAGUGCUAUCAUCUCCACGAUAUGGGGCGUAUGUCCCAACACGCAGCCGGCAUUGUUGGGUGCAGAUGCCUGGUACAAUUCUGUGAUCGCUCAUGACUGGGACAUUUGUGGACCCUAUCUCGAGAAUUAUGACUGUGCGGGUGCGCUGGGUUAUGGUGCCCCGUCGGCUGGUAACACCACUCAAUUCUACAAGCCGGGAGACCUACCUGCGAACGGGACCGAAACGCUUUCAAACACCGGGGGUGUUAUCUCAACCCCCAUUAGUGGAAGUACCUUCACCUGGACAUUGGGCACGGUCCCCCACCCUGUCACCGCCAUGGCAGCUACCGCUACAGCAACGGCGGAUAGUGGGAAGUCUAGCAUCACCGCAACUGGGGCGGCGGCGGCGGCGACUACAAAAUCCGAGUCGGCAGCAAGGUACAUCAGUGCGCCGAUCAUGGCUGCGUCUGGGGUCGUUGCGUUUACCUUGGCUUUAUUGAGGGUCGCUUAAGCCGGGCAACCCACCCAACCCUUCUGGAUAGCCAGUCUCGGUCUUGUAAAUCAAUAGCAGCGACCAUGCUGUCAAUCUUGUGUAUAUGCUGUAUCCAAUAACAAAACCGCGUCUUUCCUGCGUCCGGGCCGAGAUAGCGGGGCUUAUCAGGUUGAGGCUCUGAAGGAUCUCUUGGAGGUGUCACUAUAAGCUCGAGCACUGCGAUGCGCGGGCAUCUUCUGGGUGUUGAUAUUUGCGGUGGCUCAAACACGAACAUUGAAAGACUCAGUGGGCUCUGCAUGUGAACUGCUCAGUUGAUCGGGUGUCCAUAAUCACCCGCUCCAGUAAGUCCUUCUGACCAGGAGAAUUUCACA